AUGAAGAGAUAUCGUGUGGCAUGAGGAAGAGGAAUUCUUAGACGAUCGAGUUCAUUUGGGUCGUGCAUCGAGCACGCACGCAAGUAUUCCCCCACGAAUCUCGAAAAGUUGUACGUUUCUGUCACUCACGCCAUUAUCAAAUCAGUGCAACCAUGGCUUCCGCAGUACUUGGCCGCACAAUGAUAGUCACAAACCCCAAGCAUUUCCUUUGUAAUGGAAUGGUGAAGAUGAUGACAUCUCAUCGGUUGAACAUUAAUCACAAUACCAGGACAGCCACAACAGAUUCUCAGGCAAAAACAGCAAAAACAGGCAUCUUAAUGUUGAACAUGGGUGGCCCAAGCACUUUGUCUGAGGUUGGGGACUUUUUGAGAAACCUAUUCUUGGACCGUGACAUCAUUCAGUUGCCCUUACAAAGUAAGUUAGGGCCUUACAUCGCCAAGCGGCGGACACCAGAUAUUCAAGAAAAAUACGGGCAAAUCGGUGGUGGUUCGCCAAUUUUAAAAUGGACUCGUAAACAAGGUGACAUGAUGUGUGCGCUUCUGGACAAGAUUUCUCCCGAAUCGGCCCCUCACAAGGCCUAUGUUGGCUUUCGAUACGCCAAUCCUCUCACAGAAAUAACUUUAGAGCAAAUGGAGAAGGAUAACCUCGAAAGGGCAGUAGCAUUUACUCAGUAUCCUCACUACAGCUGUACAACAACUGGUUCCAGUAUGAAUGCCAUCUAUAAAUAUUACGCUGAACGUAAUAUCACAACGACAUUGAACUGGAGCGUCAUUGAUCGCUGGGGGACACAUCCCCGGCUAGUCGAUGCAUUUGUCGAUCUCAUCGAAAAAGAACUACAAAGUAUCGACCCUAAAAUUCGAGAUGAAGUUAUCAUCCUAUUUUCCGCACAUUCCCUUCCGCUAAGGUCUGUUAAUCGAGGGGAUCCCUAUCCGGCAGAAGUAGGAGCCACUGUCCAACUAAUAAUGAGCAGACUUCAUCAUGCCAACCCCUACAGAUUAGUGUGGCAGUCAAAGGUCGGGCCACUGCCUUGGCUGGAGCCCGCCACAGAUAAAACCAUUGAAAGUUAUAUAAAAAAUGGUAAGAAGCACUUUCUUCUAGUCCCCAUCGCUUUCACAUCCGAUCACAUUGAAACUCUUCAUGAAUUGGAUAUAGAAUAUGGUGAAGACUUAGCCAAAAAGCUUGGAGUCGAAACUUAUCGUAGACUUCCGGCGCUUAAUGAUCAUCCAAUAUUCAUCGAUGCUUUGGCUGAUCUUGUCUCAACUCACUUACGCAAUGGCCCGCGUGUAACGGGUCAGUUACUCUCCCGGUGUCCCAUGUGUGUCAACGAAACCUGUGGCAAGUGCAAAAACUGGUUCUCCAACAUGUGCAAAUAAUUUUGGUGGUCUACCAGUAAUAAUCUAUUGAAUAGAGGGUUUUUAUUUGUUUGUUAUAAAUACACUAGACUUUGUUUGG